CAGAUCAAGAAUAUCAUUUUUCAAGAAAGAAUACCCAUUCAAGAAUCUUUACUCACCAGAUUACUGCAUAAAUGUGAAGACACUAAUAGAAAGGACCUCUACAAGUGAGUUUUCUCUUCAGUGGAGUUGGAAGGCAGGGUUGAAGAGAGCAGCACUUUUAUUAUUUAUAUUGAUGCACUGCAUUUUCAGCCAACUGCAGAGUUUUUGUCAUGGGAGAAGGACGGAUAAAUUUUGGUUACCCAGGGUGCCGCUGGCCCUAGCUACGCCAGUGAUGUUCUUUAAAUGAAUCACUUAAAAGCCCUGACAUGUCAUCAAACAUCACCAUACCCCUCAGUUUUACUCCCUACUUUGCAACAUGUUUGUCUUAACAGAUGCAACAAAGGAGUUGCUCUAAUGGGAUACAAAUUGAUCAAACAAAUAGUGAGAGCUGGCUGGGGGUACCUACAAAGUAUUGGGUAAUGUAAACUAAGACAAGACCUGUAGUAUAACUAUUCCAAAAGGGGGCGUGUCCUGUGGAUGUUUUAUGAGGCUUGUGAUUUAUUUUUUGUUCUUUUUGUUUUCUUCUUCCACUUAAGUCUUAAUGGCAUAUGGCAGAAUUGGGGAGUCUUUAAAAGAUUAAAUCGUUGGGAACACACUGCCUUAUUACAAGCUGGAAUUAGAAAUAAAAUGUUUAUGACACUAUUAAAUUUUUAAAUAAUAACAAUUUAGUGUUUAUACUUAUUUAAAUAAAGACAAAGAAUACUCUAUUAUACUUUUGUCACUUUUAAGAUGCAUAUUUUUGUUAAAACAUUUAAGUGGAGUUUGGAGGAGGAAUUUCUUGAUUUUUAUAAUUCCAGCUGGGUUACAUUUAUCCACUUGCAUGAGAGGAUUCAACCCGUCCAACCCAAGUCUCCCAUAAACAUAAAGAAACAAAUGACUGGGAAAUCUCCACUAUCCUCUGCACCAAGUUCGUCU